UUUUUCAAAAAAUUAGAAAAAAAAAAUCAAUAACAUCCUUAUUUUUUCAUUUAAAAAAAAAUUCUACCUUCAACAACAAUGAUAAUAUUAUCAUUAUCAUCAUUAUGGCCAUCAUUAACGGCUACAUUUUCAAUACAAAGUUUAUUGAUUAUAUCGAUAAUAGGAAUGAUGAAUGCUCAACAAUCAGCAUCAUCAAUACCAUUAAUGACAACAUUCGAUGCAACAUGGGAUGCAUUAAAAUGUGCAAUGAAAAUAUCAUUAAUACAGAUGGCCAAAUAUCAUAAUAAUCAAAUGUCAUGUUGUGGUCUUUGGGUAAUGAAAUGGUUUAUAAAAUCAUCAGCUGAAGAAUAUUGUGAAAGACCUGAAGGUGCAAAACAAGUGUUUGAUCAAUAUAUUAAUGGUGAUCUAAUCUAUAAUCAAAUGGUACGAUCAGUAUUAGGUGAUCCAGAUUUAAGCUGUGAUCCAUAUCCAGAAGGUUCAUCCGCUUGUACACGAUUAUGGAUAAUGUUAAUAUUAUUAAUUGUAAUCGGUAUACUAUCAGUUUAUAUAAUUAUUAUGUGGUGUUGUUGUGUUACUUGUUUUUGGUGUCGAACACGAAAAGAAAAUCGUCGUUUACGUGAAAGAAUAUUAGGUAUUGAUGGACCAGAAAAUUCAACAAUAACAUCAGUUUCGACAACUAAUUCAAUAAUUGAUAAUGGUAAAAGUGGACAACAACAACAAUCACAACCACAAAGAAAUGAUAAUGGUGAUAAAAAUCGGUCAUUAACAACGAAUCAACCACCACCACCUACACAUUUGAAUCCAUUACAUGAUCAAUUACAUUCAAUGAAUCAACAGGAAAAAGUAUCCAAUAAUUUUCUUGCAAUCAAUGCUUAUUCAAAACCAUUACAAAUUCGUACGGAUAGUUCAUCGGAUAAAAUUCCUAUUCCGAUCGAUGAUGAUGAUUUUGUAACUAACGAAUCAAUUAAUAAUGAUGAUAAUAAUAAUCUUUUACCUGAUAAUCUACCUAAUGAUGAAGUUUAA